GAAAGCAGGAAACUGGAUUGCAGCUGCGGAUCGGCUGGGCGAUCAGUGCGCAGGCGCGAGCGGUCCCGGGGGCCCCUGACGCGCGCGGCGCGGUUGAAGGCUGAGUGAGUUGCUGAGGAGACCCGGCGACUACUUCUCUCUGCACCAUGGCAGCUCUCCGUUACGCGGGCCUGGACGACACGGACAGCGAGGAUGAGCUGCCUCCGGGCUGGGAGGAGAGAACCACCAAGGACGGCUGGGUGUACUACGCCAACCACACCGAGGAAAAGACCCAGUGGGAACAUCCGAAAACCGGCAAAAGGAAACGAGUUGCAGGAGAUUUGCCGUAUGGAUGGGAACAAGAGACAGACGAGAAUGGACAAGUGUUUUUUGUGGACCACAUAAAUAAAAGAACUACCUACUUGGACCCAAGAUUGGCAUUUACUGUGGAUGAUAAUCCAACAAAGCCAACCACUAGACAGAGAUAUGACGGUAGCACCACUGCCAUGGAGAUCCUGCAGGGCCGGGACUUCACAGGAAAGGUGGUCCUGGUUACCGGAGCGAAUUCAGGAAUAGGGUUCGAAACCGCCAAGUCCUUUGCCCUCCAUGGUGCGCACGUGAUCUUGGCCUGUAGGAACAUGAGCAGAGCCAGUGAGGCAGUGUCUCGCAUUCUGGAAGAAUGGCACAAAGCCAAGGUAGAAGCAAUGACCCUGGACCUGGCUGUGCUCCGUAGCGUGCAGCAUUUUGCUGAAGCGUUCAAGGCCAAGAAUGUAUCUCUUCAUGUGCUUGUGUGUAAUGCGGGGACUUUUGCUCUACCCUGGAGCCUCACAAAAGAUGGCCUGGAGACGACCUUCCAGGUGAACCACCUGGGACACUUCUACCUUGUCCAACUCCUGCAGGAUGUUUUGUGUCGCUCAGCCCCUGCCCGUGUCAUCGUGGUCUCUUCUGAGUCCCACAGAUUUACAGAUAUUAAUGAUUCCUCAGGGAAACUUGACCUCAGCCGCCUGUCUCCAUCACAGAGUGACUACUGGGCCAUGCUGGCUUAUAACAGAUCCAAGCUCUGUAAUCUCCUCUUCUCCAAUGAGCUGCACCGUCGCCUCUCCCCACGAGGGGUCACGUCGAAUGCAGUGCACCCUGGAAACAUGAUGUUCUCAUCCAUCCAUCGAAACUCAUGGGUGUACACGCUGCUGUUCACCUUGGCCAGGCCAUUCACCAAGUCCAUGCAACAGGGAGCUGCUACCACUGUCUACUGUGCAGUCGCCCCUGAGCUGGAAGGCCUCGGAGGGAUGUAUUUCAACAACUGCUGCCGUUGCCUGCCAUCGGAAGAGGCUCAGAGCGAAGAGACAGCCCGGGCCCUGUGGGAACUCAGCGAGCGGCUCAUCCAGGACCGACUGCACAGUCCAUCCAGCUAAUCAGAGCCCCAUAAUUGUGGGCAAACCAACCCCCACCCAUGUUCUGACCCUCAUCACUGCCAGCCCCAUCAUCCUGGGGCGCCCCUAAACCCUCCAGUGCGGAGCCAUGAGAGUAAAAGAAAUACGAACAGCUGCGAUCAAUGGGGAAAGGUCAGGUGUCCGUGGGUGGGAAGCGGGGACUUUCAAGGGACAACAUUCCUUUUCUAGGACAGGGUUAGUCGUGGGUCUGCUUGCUUUUCUGGUGGUGGCCCUGCUUGAAACUGGAAGCAUGGUUAACAUGUAGGUUCCUUUGCUCACUGUAGAAGCACAAGGGAGUCUCUAUUACCUUUGGAAUAGCUUCAUGACCCCUUGACCCACCCAAGUACCACCGUGGCCACCACUGCCACCCGAGGCUGGCUUUUUCCUAUUGAUGGAAGAUAAAGCACAUGUUCACCUCUCCAUGCUGAGUUCUGUCCUGGAGGCCAAUGUUUCUCACUUCCCUACCAAGUCUGACCAGGCUGGGCAACUUUGAGAGAAACUCAGAACCUUGUCCCAACAGAACCGAUGUGAUGGUGCCAUCAGAGGAGAGCAGAACCAGUGUGCAGAAGCUGGUGGGUCCCAAGAGUACCACUCUCUGUCUUCCCUGCCAAAGCUAUGCAGGCAAUUCUUUAGAGAGCAUAACAAAUACAUGUUGCCAAUCAUUCCCUAGAUACACAGAUGGGUGAGGAAGGAAGCAAGGUGUCCUUAAGAUGCAUGAGACAUUCUUGAGGUGGGAAAUAGGAGGUAGUUCCCAUCAUUCUUCACUCACAGUUUGGAGAACAACCCCCUUAGGGAGUAUCAUGGCCUCUCAGUCCUCCCAAAUUAGUGUCUAGCUUCAAUUUCCCCUGGUUCCUCCCAUCCUAUGCUUAAUAAAAGAACAUGCUGGACUAUGA